CGACGGAAAUGCUCCCUGAUUUAGCUCUCCCUGCAAGUAAUGGCGGAAUAUAAGCACAACACUAAGACGUUCUCCGACGAUGGAGCAGGGCCCGAGGAGGAGGGAGGCAGAGUGAAAACUAAGCCUGUCUCUUCCAGCACUGGAGGAGGAGGGGUGGGAGGAGGGAAGCGAUCGGCCCAGGAUGAUGCCCCGAGUCCUGGGAGGUCGUCCACAGACCAGCCGGCGCCACCAAAAGUCGCCAAGAUCGGCUUUGGCCUGAUAAGCCAACCGGUCAAGAAGCCUAACCCUAUCUCCAUUAAGCUUGGUGCCAGUAAACCCAAAGAACCUGUGCCCACACUUCCAGCUAAGAAACCACUGUCUUCAGUCUUCAACGAGGAUGAUGAUAGUGAGCCAGAGGAGAUGCCACCAGAGGCCAAAAUGAGGAUGAAGAACAUCGGCAGAGAAACCCCCACCUCUGCAGGGCCUAACUCCUUCAACAAGGGGAAACAGGGCUUCUCCGACCACCAGAAGCUCUGGGAGAGAAAGCUGAAGACCCAGUCCGACCACCAAUCCUAGACUGGCAACACCAGCUCUGGAUCGGAUUGGAUGAUGAUGAUGAUGAUGAUGAUAAUGACUGACGUCCUGUUUUAGUAUUAAAGUGGGCCGGCUGGGUCACUGUUUUGUGUGUGAACCUUUUUGUUUGAUACCAGUGUAAAAAUGUAAAUAUGUAACAAUUUGUUUUCACGCUCGCUUCUCUCUCUUUAUUUUUUCUUCUUUUUUUUUACGUGUGUGUAUGUGUGGUAUAAUCUUUUCCAGUGGAUAUGCCAGACAUAUGUUGGCAGGGUUAAAACAUGAACUGGUGAGACUCUGAUGGCUGGAGUCUCAGGGGCUAGACUGGGAUCUCUACAUCUGUGUAUCACCGGCCUGUCUGUAUAUUCAGUCCAGAAUCCUGACCAUGUGUGCCCACGACCCCCCUCUUCACCUGUCUGUCAUCCCAGUGCCUGAAAACUCACCUGUCGAAAGGGACCUUGGUUGGAAAAUAAACUUUGAUUCAAUUCUGA